UUAUUUCUAUGUUGAGAUUAAUAUGAUUAGUUAUCCCGCUUCAGGAUUUAGUACAUUUAAGAGAAUGUCUGUAUUCACACAUACAAGGCUGGGGAUGAAGACAUUAAAGAGACCAUAUAAUGCUCAUUUUAAGGUUCAUCAAAGUUUACUAUCAUAGGUUUACAUGCUUAAGUGUUCACAUUCUUCUCAUAGUGGUUAUUUCUAUCUGAAACACUUAAAUUUCUUUAAGACCCCCCUCCAAAAAAGCCCACACACCACCCACAGUGUUUUGUGUCAGCUCUGCCAAUGUUUUUAGUUAAAGUUAAACAGCGUUGCCAGGCAAAUUAAUUCCUGCGAUUUGACCAUUUCUUUUUAAGAUAAGAUGUUCCUUUAUUUAUGCCCUGUGGGAGACACUCAAGUCAGACACAGCAGCAUAGGGGAAUGUAAUGCAGAAAGUACAGAAGUGUAAAAGUACAAUAAAGAAUAAUAAAAUAAAAAUAUUAUAAUGAUAUAAUAGAAAAUAUAAGACUAUAUGCAGUAGAAUGGUGUGCAAAAUAUUUUAAACAGUGUAUAACUAAAUAGUAUAAACUAAAGUGUACAUUUGCAAGGUGUAGUUUGUGAAAAAAGUUUGUGCAUAGUAGGUUAAAGUUCAACCAGUUUUAAUCAGCUGAGGUUGGAGGUACUGGAUGCUGGGGCGUUGUGGAGUCUGAUGGCUGAUUCUGGGCUGGAUCAGUCUGUAGCUGUCCAUAAUGGCUUUCAGCUUCCCUCUCAUCCUCCUCUCAGUCACAGCCUCCACAUUGUCCAGAUCCAUCCUCUCCACCAAGCUGGCUUUCUUCACCAGCUUACUCAGUUUGUUGGCACCACGAGUCCCGAUGCCUCCUCCUCAGUACACCACAGCAAAGAAGAUGACACUGGCCCACAUAGACUGUUAGAACAUCUGUAGUAGCCGAGUGCACACGUUGAAGCACCUGAGCCUCCUCAGAAAGAACAGCCUGCUCUGUCCUUUCUUGUAGAGGGCCUCAGUGCGAUCCGUCCAGUCCAGAUUAUUGUUGAGCUGCAUCCCCAGGAACUUGUAGGUGUCCACCAUGUCUAUCCUGGCUGGAAGUCCACCACCAGCUACUUGGUUUUCCCUGUGUUGAACUGUAGGUGGUUUUUGUCGCACCAUCCAAUGAAGUUCUCAAUCAGGUCUCUGUACUCCUCCACCCUAUCAUCUAUGAUAUAGCCAACAAUAGAGGAAUCAUCAGAGAACUUCUGUAGGUGGCACGCUCCCGAGUGGAAGCAGAAGUCAGAGGUGUAGAGGGUGAACAGGAACGGGGAUAGUACAGUUCCUUGGGGUGUGCUAGUGCUGCUCGUCACCACGUCUGACAAGCAGCUGUGCAGUCUGACAUACUGUCGUCUGUCAGUGAGGUAGUCAGUGACCCAGGCAACAAGGUCCUGGUCCACCUGCAUCACAGAGAGCUUCUCUGCCAGCCGGAGAGACUGGACUGUGUCACCUUAAAUUCACACUGUGGAGAGGACCUUUUAAAACUCCCGCUUCACAUAUGACUUUGUCUCCAAUGUAACAUCUGUUUGAAGCUUGUGCAUGCUGAGCAUAUGGUGGUUACAUCAAAGACACAUACAUAUUCUACCUGAACUGAAAAACACGUCCUCUAUGGAGAAGGCAGAGUCUAAAAACUUUUAGAAAGCCUAACCAAUUUCCCUGGCAGAGGUUUCUGAGGUAGUUGAGACAAUGUCCAGAUGCUUAAAGGUCUGGACAUUAUUAUAUUGGCAGACUGCGUUGGUGGUUCCCAUUUUAAAAAAAGGUGUACUCCAAUCAUCAGGGUAUAACACUUUCAGCUUCCCUGGAAAGAUGUUAUUUAACCAGCAACUAUUUCAGCAAACUAAUCAAAACAUAAUUCAAUACUACUAAUAAAUGGCAGAAGGCUAAACUUAGUUUGCUUACGUAAUAUACAUACAUUAUAAUGGUUACACUCUUACAAAGAUUCAUAACGAUGGCAACGGUUAUAGAUAUUUGUCUGUUACUAGAUGGCAGUGUUGUGACAUGAUAAACCAGACAUUAAAUCUCUACUACUACUACUACUAUUACUACUUUUUCAAAGUCGGGACAUUGGGUUUGCAUAAAUUGUCACAAAAACACAUGUUGAGUCAGGUUGUGUUCUUAGUAUCAAUGUUGUAAAAGAAAUCCUGUAGAUGCACUGGGAUGCACCAGUACAUUACGUUAUGCGCUCCUCUUCCAGCUCCUGGUACUUUAUCUUUGUCCAUACACUCUUCCAAGGGCACUGUGAGCUUCAGCGUGAUCAGUUGCUUGGUGGACUCUGCAAUAAUGAUCAUGUCUGAUCAAAGCCAUGUUGUUAUAUGGGCUGGGAACUUCAGCUGCUUACCCAGGUCCACUUGCAGUCUGGGACUGUGGUGGGGAGGCCUGACUUCCCUCUAGGUUGGAUAUUGGGCUUCUCUCCAGCACUGAGCAUGGUGUUCUUUGGCUAGUGGUGGCCCUUGUUGGCGUUAAUGGCUGUGCCUACACUCUCAGCAACUGCCCUGAGAACCUGGUCAUGGUGCCAGCGAUAGUGCGUGUCUCCCAAGAGCUUUUGGGCAGCUGCUAAGGAGCUUUUCCAGGGUUCCUCUUCCAGAACAAUGAGAUGUGAAGGUUUACUGGACUGGAUAAGGGUAUUCUAGACAGCUUGGACUAAGAAUCUGAUGCAAUGGAAGUCUGCUUUCCAGAUGUUAGACCAGAGGAUCUGUCGUUGGAGAUUGAUAGGCUGCAGUUUGUCAGAGAUCAGCUGUGAUUAUCUGGUCUCAGCUCUGAAGUCCAACCCCUCCCAUCUGAGAGAGUUGGACUUGUGGGGAAACAAAGACCUGCAGGAUUCAGGAGUAAAGCUGCUGUGUGGUUUUCUGGAGAGUCCACACUGUAGACUGGAGACUCUGAGACUGAGUUACUGCAGGUUGUCAGAGAUCAGCUGUGAUUAUCUGGUCUCAGCUCUGAAGUCCAACCCCUCCCAUCUGAGAGAGCUGGACCUGAGAGGAAACAAGCUGCAGGAUUCAGGAGUGAAGCUGCUGUGUGGUUUUCUGGAGAGUCCACACUGUAGACUGGAGACUCUGAGAUGGAAGUGAUCUCUGUCGUACUCCGUUAUAAUGUGAGUGACUAGAAAGGUGGCUGUGUUGAGAGAGGAUCAGAUGUGUCCUGGUGAUUGUCCAGAGAUAAAAUCAAACCAUCAAUCAGAGAGGUUGAAGCAGCAGCAUCAGUUCUGACUGGGCCAUGUUACUGGGAGGUAGAGGAGAGGAGAGCUUCAUCCAGCAGUGACUGACAGAGGAAUCACAACCAGUGGAGAUGACUCUCAGUGCUGCAGUCUGAACUGCUCUGAGAUCAGCUGCCUGUGUGUUCCUCUGGAUGUUGAGCAUUACAAUCUGUACUAUUCAAUGUGUAUCAUAUUACUUUAAUCAAUAAAAAACAAAAAUCA